GUGAAACUAUCGCAACACGGAAGUGCAGGAAAGAAAACAAAUAAUCGUUCGAUUUUGUGUCCAGUGUAAGUCGAAGAAGACGCCCUGAACACCGAUUACUUGUGGAUUACAGUUUAGUUACGUCCUGCUCGGUUACAAGAUGGAGUUUUUAUUUGGGAAGAGGAAGACUCCAGAGGAGAUGCUCAGACAGAAUCAGAGGGCGCUCAAUCGAGCCAUGAGAGAGCUGGAUCGAGAGCGAUCCAAACUGGAGCAACAGGAGAAAAAGAUCAUCGCUGACAUCAAGAAAAUGGCCAAACAGGGACAGAUGGAUGCUGUGAAAAUCAUGGCGAAGGAUUUGGUCCGCACACGACGCUACGUCAAGAAGUUCAUCAUGAUGAAAGCCAACAUUCAGGCCGUCAGUCUGAAGAUCCAGACGCUCAAAUCCAACAACAGCAUGGCACAGGCUAUGAAAGGCGUCACGAAAGCCAUGGCAACCAUGAACAGACAGCUGAAGCUUCCUCAGAUUCAGAAGAUCAUGAUGGAGUUUGAAAAACAGAGUGAACUCAUGGACAUGAAGGAGGAGAUGAUGAACGACGCCAUCGACGAUGCCAUGGGGGAUGAGGAUGAUGAGGAGGAGAGUGACGCCAUCGUGUCUCAAGUGCUAGAUGAGCUGGGUCUCAAUCUGUCUGAUGAACUAUCAAAUCUUCCGAGCACUGGAGGCAGCUUGUCUGUGGCCGGAGGAAAGAAGGCGGAGCCUCAGGCUGCCCUGGCUGACGCUGAUGCUGACCUGGAGGAGCGAUUGAAUAACCUCAGGAGAGACUGAAGCAGUCCAACACUGUGGAAGGGUUGUUAAUACAGAAACAAGCAUACUCGAAUCUCCAUGUUUAGAUUCUUUUGAAGGUGUAACGGGCUGAGCAGCGACUGCUUCAGAAAACUUUGUGGGUUCAUGGCUUUCUGUUUGAGGUUUUUCCUUUUUUUUAUGAGUGUUUAUCUAUUUUAUCCAAAACCUGCAAAGGUCAUUAUCCGUCAUAGGUCUUUGUGUCUCAUUUUUGAUAAUGCCAAAAGACACAAAUGAAGAAUAAGUGAAAAUUUAUUUCACAGUUUGUGUAUAUACUAACUCCUGGAGGCAUGUUUUCAUUUUUAAAAUUAACACUAAAUGUUUAAAGGAACCCAGAUUCAAGAUGUUGACAUGACUGGAGAGGUGGAUCGUUGAUGAGUGUGGCGCUUUAGAGUGUCAGCACUUUUUCUACAUCAGGCUGGUUCAUCAUCAUAAAUAUAUCUACACUUUCAGCCUUACUGUUUACUUUUUCCUUAACAGUAGUGGAGGUCCAGCUCAUGAUGGUGUACAGAAAAGUGUUUUAUCAACACUUCUGUCUUAAAUCAUGGUUUAUAUGACAAAAAACAUAUAAAUAAUGAGAGACAAUGGAAGAAAGUUAUAUCGAGGUUUAUCUCCACCAGCUGAAAACACUCCUGUGUAGGUUUGUUGGAGGUGUUUCUGAGAUCAGAAAAUGUUAAUAAGUAGCUAAAUGAAAAAGCAACUGUCCUGGUUUGAUUUUCUUUCUUCAGUAAACAUUUUUUCAGAUUAAACUUUCUGUUUGUCUCCUUUGUAAAUUUUAACCCACAACUGUCAGCAUGUUCAUGUAUAAAAAGCACUCAGCCUAUUAAAACACCCUCAUUCUU